AAAUUAAGUUGUAGAUCUAGCUAACUAGAUCUAGAAUCUAGAUCUAGACUCUCUAUAUUAUUAUUACACUAUGACUAUAGACACUAAGACAGUAUCACUUGAUAAGUUGAUUUAGAUUUUAGAUGAUGUCUAUAUAUGUCGAUGUAGUCUAGAUCUAAUCUAACUAGUAGACUAAUGUAAGAACGAUUAUCAUGGAUCUGAAAAAUACUUACUGUAAUGAAUUAAGAUCAGCGGAUGAAAAAAUGAAAAUGGGCCCUCUAGCACCUGUUGGGCACCCAGGUGUUUCUUUGGACUUCAAGUCCUCAGCUGUGGUCAAAUACACUUCAGUUAAGUUUCCAGUUCAGUUUUCAACUAUAAGGUUAGAUACUGACCUUAAUCAUCCACCCAGUGAUCGAUAUCGGUCUGGAUACUUUAUGUUUUCAGAUCAUCACAUGCGACCAGGACCCAGCAAAUUUUCAGAUUUUUUAAGCUUAAAUUUGGCUGAUACCUAUAAAGAUUUAGUGGGUAAAGUGGAUGUAAUUUCAUCUUCCAAAAAUAUCAAAGAUUUGCUUAAAAUGCCUUACAGUAACUCUCCACAUAUCAGUAUUAUGGUUCAUAGAGUGAGUAAAACUGUACUACUAGAGGAAUUCGAUGUUCAUAAAAAUCUCAUUAAAAUGCAAGCAGAAGAAUGGAGCUGGUUAAAGAAAUACUAUGAAAAUGUGAUAGCUAAAGGACAGGAAGAUAAGACUAAAUGGCUAGUUAGUGCUAAUCAAAAGAGAGAUUCCUUCACAGAAAAUAUGUACAUGAAUCUACUUCGCCACAGUUUUGCAGCAAGUGUUGGUGGUAAAGAUUGUACAGCGCUAGAAACAGCGGAGGACAAAUCUAGACAAGUACAUCAUAUCCCAGAUUCUUCUGAUGAUCUCAAAGGUUUUCAUCAUGAGACAUUAUGGAAAUUUGAAGACAUAAGUAUGUUAAUUGAUAGUGACCUGCCUAUAUUUGGCAGUGGAGAAACGCCACGGCCUUGUAUCAGCUUGAGAUUGCGAGAUGCUAGGUCCCCGCCAAUUAACAUACUGACAGGAUUAGACUACUGGUUGGAUAACCUGAUGAGCAAUGUUCCUGAAGUUGCAAUGUGUUACCAUGUUAAUGGUAUUGUGAAGAAAUAUGAAGUCAUGAGAACUGAAGACAUUCCAAACUUAGAAAAUUCCAGAUUUGAUCCUAAUGAAGUUCUUGACAUUGCCCAGAACAUAAUGUCAUUCAUUCGAAGGAAUGCAGCUGUUGAAGGCCAUACCUACUGGCUCUACAAAAGUGAAAAUGACGACAUGGUGAAACUGUAUGACUUGACUGACUAUUGUAAGAAUGAGAUCUCUGAGGGAGACAACCCAUUCACUGUACCUGUUGGAUUACUCUGUCAUCGUGUGGGUACCAACUUGAAGAGAAGUGGCCAAAGAAGAAUGGCUGAUGCAAGAGCAAUGUUUGAAAAUUGUCUUCGGCUCCUUGAUGAAACAAAACAUGCCCAGAUCUGUGCAGAGGCUCACUUUCACUUGAGCGACAUGUGGGUUCCAGACAAAUCUGUGCAUGAUGUCUGGCAGGAGAAAGGAAAAAUAUCAGAGCCGCCUUCUGACUUGUAUGAUGAAGAUGAAAACAGUUCAGAUGAAAACAACGGUCAAGAGCCAAAGGCAAGAACUCACAGGGAUCAUCUAAGUGUUGACAAUGUGAAAGCUAUCAAGGGAGAGAAUAAAAGUUACUUAGAAAAGUUUCCGGAGGGAGAAGAGAUAAAGAAUUCUGUAGCUCUGAAGGAGCUUGUUGUCAGGGGAAUGGUUAAAAAAAAAGCAUGGGAAGUUAUACAGGCUUGUCGAAUAGCUGGUACAACUGAUGAGCGUUGCAAGAUGGCAUUAUCACAUAUACGCAAGGGCCUCAACUGUGUAGACAAAGACUUGCCAAGGGGUAAAAAUAUAGGUCUGGUUGAAAAGCAACAAACUUGCAGUCCAUCUAAAGCCAUACCCCUCUUCUACAAACCAUUGAAUCUUUACAGAAAAGUGAACACACAUGACACAGAGUCAGAUAGUGAUACGAAGGAUGAAAUUUCCUCAGAAAGUGAUAAGAAAGAGGACAUUUCUUCAGGAAGUGAUAGAAAGGAGGACAUUUCUUCAGGAAGUGAUAGAAAGGAGGACAUUUCUUCAGGAAGUGAUAGAAAGGAGGACAUCUCUUCAGUAAGUGAUAGAAAGGAGGAUAUUUCUUCAGGAAGUGAAAGUGAGCCUAGAAUGAGUGAUCCUUUCUCUGCCAUACCUUUGCACUAUAAAAUGGAAAGCCAAGAUAAAGAUAACACACUUUCUGGUUCUAUUGGUCAUUUGACCCUGAAAGUUACACUCACAAAUGAAGUGUUGGAGAAUGCAGAUGAUGAACUGAGUUCCAGUCUAGAUGAAGAGAAUGAUGGCAAAUUUCAUUCUAAAACAUGGCAUGACCAGGCCAAGUUUCAGCUCUUGAGGAAAGCUGCCAUUACUUAUUUUGUACUAGCAAAAGAGUUUUUUGAGAUAAAAAAAUAUGGACACACUCUGAGACAUUUGCGCUAUGCCAUACACUGCUAUGAAAGCAUUGAGCUGAUUAAUAAAAGUGUGAGAAAUGAAAACCAGGACAAGGAACUUUACCUCAUGCUGUUAUAUUUAGCUGCAAAGGCUCGCUGUUGUAUAUCUUCCAACUGGCCUCAGUGCCACAGAGACUUUGAAGAUCUUGGCGAGGAAGAAGCAGCUAUACUCCAUUCUGCGCAGGCCUUGUUAGCCACACCAAAGAACUCCUGGAUCUAUGAAUGGCCCAUUAGUCAGGAAUCCAAUAUGCUAGCUGCUAAUGAUUUGUAUGAAAUAGCUUCCAAGCUGCUUGUCCUAGAUAAAAAACCUGCUGGAUUCAAAGUAGAGAUGAAAAAAAAUCAUGCUGCCUGCAUACUAAAUCUGGGCAACACACAGAUGGAGAUUUGUAAGGAGAAAGUGAUCACUAAUAAAGAAACAUAUGAAGCCAUAAAAGCAGUCUGGGAUAAAAGUAUGCGGAACUACCUGAAGGCCAUCAGCAUGUUUGAAUCAGUGAAUGAUAAAAACACAGCAGGCUACAUCUGCAGCAAUGUGGCCUAUCUGCAUGUGUUGGCUGCUGCUGCCAUCAAUAACUCAAACACCCAAGUGACCUUGACCCCAUCAGAGAAAGACCACCUGCAGAAAUCAAUAGAGUGGUAUGAGGAGGGACUCAGUAAAUAUGAGCGUGGAGAGGCUAUGGAUGAUGCCAGAGAAAACGUGUAUCACAAUAUGAGAAUGCAGUACCAGGAAAUGGCUCUGAGAUAUUUUAGGAUUCCUUCUGGCAAAGUCACAGAACAGGAUUUAAGAACAAUGAAAGAACUCAUUCAAAAGUCAUUGUCCUAUUGUUUUCUGGAUUCUGGAGGCAAACAUUUGAAAAAAAGUCAGAUUUGUGCAGGACUGAACCAUUUAAACCUGGCCAGGAUUUUUGAUGUGGAGAGUGUUAAUUGUACAAAUGCUGCAAGAAAAAGAAAUUUGAAGCAAAAAAUGGAAGAAAGUUUUCAAAAAUCUUUUGACAUUUAUGGCUUGAUAAAAUGGCGGCGUUCACAAAUGUGUGUGAAGUUUUGCUGGAUAGAUACACUUUUAGAAGAAACAAAAACACUGACAGUCCAAGCCAAAAAGAAAAUUGUUCGUGCAGUAUUUAGUCAUCUUUGUGAUUUGACUGCUCCACUUGUUGCUCUGAACAACAAUGAUUAUGAUGGAGAGGACAGCAUGGAUAUCUACAGCACAAAUUUCUCAGCUGUAAAAAAACUUCUUCUAAUAUUGAAUGGUGCCUUUUGCAGCUUCCUCAAAAUGGAAAGUACAAAUAUUGCCGUUAAGAAAUUAUAUGAACGAAGCUUGCGCCUAACAAGCUUAACUGAGAUGGAACAUUUGCAGCAACCACUAGUCAAUAUUUUAACAGAUCUGAAGACCUUGUUAGCAACUGAAGCACUGCACUGACCUAAUGAAUCAAUAUAGCAUACGACCAUCUUGCACCUGAUCACAGUAUUUUUUUUGUUGAGUCCAAUCCAUCAGAACCUUGCAUUCCGGAGUGUAAUUGAACACUUGAGCUUAGGACUGCUGUUGAUUCUAGACUAUUGAUUGAACAUUAAAUUGUUUACAUAGCAGUUUGUACACUGAGAAUUUGAUGGUGCUCUCUGGGGGCUUGCAUUCAGCCACUUAAACUAAUUUAUUCACUUCCUUUGAAGUUGUUAAACACUGUUGAACAGUAAUUAUGUAAUAUUGAUGUCCUUUAGUUUUUGUUUACUCUUUUGCUAUUUAUGUAAUUGCAAUGCAUCAAUGUUUUGUGUAACAUGGUUAUCUCCCUUUUGAUGAAUGGCAAUAAACACGAGCUAAAGUUUAAGCUGUUGAUUUGAUCUUGUGUGCUAAUAAAAUCUCUGAUUCUAUGUGAGACCUUGUAUUAAUGUAUUUAUUCUCUUAUCCUGAAUUGAAAAGUUACUCGUAAAAUUGAGACAUUUUAGAUUACUAUAAGUAUAUCUAGUAAUUUGAUUUGGGGAGUAGAAAUUUAGAAAAUACAAUACAAAGACUAAAAGACUAUUGUAAAAAUUGCUCACAUGAAAACAGCUUUUGGAUGGUUCAGAAAUUAAGAAAGUGGAUUUUAUUUACAAGCAUACAAUUGCAACAAAAGUUUUUCAAUGUGGUUAUUGAGAUUUGAUUAAAAUAAAAUGUAUACUGUUUGUACUUUUAUGUAUUACAUUGGAAAAUUAUUGGUUUGUUAAAAAUGUAAGUAAAAUGAUUGGAAUGAUUCUAGAACUUUAACUAUAAA